CCAGUCCAGUCAGACGGAGUGAGUGAGCGAUCCUGCAGUCCAGCAGUCAGACGCCGAGAGGAAAAAGUGAUACAAGGAAACCCCAAAGCUCCACUUUGACCAGCAGAGAGGGACAGAGAGAGAGAGAGGGAGAGAGAGAGAGAGAAGGACCCAGAGGAACAACGGCAAGAAGGAGAGAGAGAAAGAGAGAGAGAGAGCACUGCAGUGGACAGUCGUGAGUGGGAGCUAAGAACCAACUGAGAGAAACUCUUUUACCAAACGGACACUGCAGAGCGCAAACACACACACACACACACACACACACACACACUUCGGCUGCCUGUGCUGUGAUUCUCAUUAGCUUCUGGUGGCAGUGAUUGAGUGUGUGUGUGAGCAAGGCUGAGAGCGCGUGAGAGAGUGUGUGUGUGUGUGAGAGAGAGGGAGAGAGGGAGAGUGUAUGCGUGCGUGCGUGUGUGUGUGAGAGCCGGCUGCUCCACUGGAGUCCACGGGACCAUGGCACCUGGCAGAGAGCGGCAGAGCUGAGGACACACACACACACACACACACACACUCCCACACACACACACACUUCACAAGAGGAGCAAAGGACUGGGGAAAGGAAAAAGAGCAAAGGGUCCCAGUACUUGGUAGUGCUCUUGUGUGAACGCCGUAGCUGAGGAGACAUCGGGGGGACGGACAGCCAGCUCGGGGCCGUGACCGGACCGGACGCGUUCAAGAUGAUGACCGUCAUGAUGAUGAUGCUCAUGAUGAUGAUGAGCACGGUGAUGAUGAUGAUGGCGUUCGGAUCUCUGCUGCUGGUGCAGGCGUCCUCUUCAUCGCAGCCCUCCACCUCCACCUCCACCUCCACCUCAGCCUCGUCUCCACGCAUGAAGCUCUCCUACAGAGAUCUCCAGCAGCUGAGCGGAGUGCGGCGGUACGACCUUGACCGUUCCUGCUGCUUUGGGACGCUGCUAUUGGACGAGGAGCGCGGGCGUCUGUUUGUAGGAGCGCGCAACUUCCUGCUCUCCCUCAGCCUGGAGAACAUCAGCAAGCAGGAGCACAAGAUCUACUGGCCGGCCCCGGUGGAGUGGAGGGAGGAGUGCAACUGGGCGGGAAAAGACAUCAACACCGACUGUGUGAACUAUGUGAAGGUUCUGCACCAUUUUAACCGCACACACCUGUAUGCCUGCGGCACUGGGGCCUUCCACCCAGCCUGCAUCCACGUAGAGGUGGGCCAGAGGAUGGAGGACCAUGUCUUCAGGAUUGACCAAUCCAUGGUUGAGGAUGGGAAGGGGAGGAGCCCUUACGAUCCCCGCCAUACAGCUGCCUCUGUUCUGAUUGAGGAUGAGCUGUACGCUGGUGUGGCCACUGAUCUGAUGGGACGGGACUUCACCAUCUUCCGCAGUCUGGGCCGCAAACCGUCCAUCCGCACAGAGCAGCAUGACUCACGCUGGCUCAAUGAGCCUAAGUUUGUGGGGGCCUUCUGGGUGCCUGAGAGUGAGAACGAGGAUGACGACAAGAUCUUCUUCUUCUUCCGGGAGACGGCCGUGGAGGCCCAGGGCUUUGGGAAGGUCACCUACGCUCGGAUUGGUCAGCUGUGCCGAAAUGACAUGGGAGGCCAGCGCAGUCUUGUGAAUAAGUGGGCGACAUUCUUGAAGACUCGACUUGUGUGCUCAGUGCCAGGGAGUGAUGGCAGCGAGACCCACUUCGACGAACUCCGUGACGUCUUCCUGCUGCAGACCAGAGACAGGAAGAACCCACUUUUCUACACCAUCUUUACCACCUCCAGCAGUGUGUUUCGGGGGUCGGCCGUGUGUGUGUACACCAUGAGUGACAUCAGGCGGGCGUUCCUGGGGCCCUUCGCCCACAAAGAGGGACCAAACUACCAGUGGGUCCCCUACCAGGGCAAAGUGCCCUACCCACGACCAGGAAUGUGUCCCAGCAGGACGUACGGCAGCUUUGAGUCCACUAAGGGCUUCCCCGACAGCGUCAUCCAGUUCGCCCGCCACCACCCGCUCAUGUUCAACCCCGUGACCCCGCUGGGCGGCCGGCCCGUCUUCCUGAGCACGUCCCCGGAGCACAGCUUCACCCAGGUCACCGUGGACCGCGUCAACGCCGCCGACGGCCAGUACGACGUCAUGUUCAUCGGCACAGAUGUGGGCACGGUGCUGAAGGUGAUCUCUGUACCCAGUAAGAAGAGCAACACGGCGCUUCUGCUGGAGGAACUCCAAGUGUUCAAGGACUCCUCAUCCAUCAUUAACAUGCAGAUUUCAUCUAAACGGCAACAGCUGUAUGUGAGCUCAGACACAGGGGUGGUGCAGCUUCCUCUGCACCGCUGCAGUGUGUAUGGCAAAGCCUGCGCUGAGUGCUGUUUGGCACGGGACCCCUACUGCGCCUGGGACGGCUCCACCUGCACCAGAUACCUGCCCAAUACCAAGAGGCGUUUUCGGCGACAGGAUGUGAGAAACGGGGACCCCAACACACUCUGCUCGGGAGACCACAACAAGCAGCGCGUGCUGGAGAAGAAGCUGUACGGGGUGGAGGACAGUAGCUCAUUUCUGGAGUGCAUCCCCAAGUCCCUGCAGGCCAAAGUCACAUGGACCUUCCAGAGACAUCCCAACAGUCCACGUGAAGAGGUGCGUCUGGACGAGCGGGUCAUGCAGCUGGACCGGGGCCUGCUGCUGCGGAGCGUCCACCGGCGGGACGCGGGCGUCUACCAGUGCCACGCCACCGAGCACGACUUCACCCAGACGCUGCUACACCUCACCCUGGACGUGGUGCCCUCCGCCACCCUCCACCCCCGCGCUGGCGCCGCACCGCCCAACCAGAAGCCCUGGUACCGGGACUUCCUGCAGCUGCUGGACCAGCCCAACAUGAGCGCGGUGGACCAGGUGUGCCAGCAGGUGUGGGUACGCAAGCACCCCCCCGGCGGCGGCGGCGGCGGCGGCGGUCAGCCGGCGAAGAGCGCCCCCGGCCCGGCCAAAGCGGCACCGCCGCCGUUCGACAAGAAGAGCAGCGUCCAGAAAGUGUGGAAGAUGAAAAAGGGGCGGAGCCGAAGAACCCACGACAGACACUCCCCCCGAGCGCCCCGCAGCGCUGGAGAGUAACGAGGGAACAAACGAAGGACAGAGAGCGAAAGAGAGAAGAAGAGAGAGAGAAAGGGAGAGAGAGAAAGAGAGAGAUAGAAAAUGACUACACCUAAAUAUACAGUGAGCACAGUCAUAUUGUCAGCAUGGAUCAAUUCAUCACCAACUCACCUUCCUCCUGAAGCCAAUCUGAUAAUUCAGUCAAAUAUUUUCACAUACUGUACACACACGCAGACACUAAACACACACAUACACAAAUACACACAACGUUUUCAUGGAAUUUUUCUGGAACUGAAGAACAGUGAAACUGGAAAAUGCUCUGACUCAUAUGCACACACUCCUAGUCCCAGACACACACACACACACACACACACACACACUAACCCUGAGACUAGCAGAGAGACGGACAUGCACAAUGGUAUCAUUAUGAUUUGGAGACAAUACUAGAACAGAGGGAGUGUUGACAGGGCGGUGACAUCACUGUGGAGUGCAAAGGAGAGGACUGUUGCUGGCGUGUGCUGUGAUUUUACACUACAUAUGACCUCCAUCUACAGUGAAGCCCAGCUGAACUAUUGGACUGCACAAACUGUACACCAACGUGGGAUAUACACGUGCAUGAGCACAGCAAACACUCUCACACACGCUCACAGAAAACACACACACACGCACACACUGACACACACACAUGCUCACAGAAAAUACACCUACACGCACACACACAUUUGUUUUCCUUUUUAUCACAGAAGUUCAGAAGAAGCAUGAGCUAUGUAGGCACAUAGAAACAUUCAUCAUACUUACACAACCGACUUUCCUCCAAACGCACACAUGACAUUAGUUAGUACACAUGUAUGCAUACUUUCAGUGUUUUCAAUAUAGUCUAUGUGUGUGCUGUGGUUUGCGGUAGAGUUAGACUUUGAUAUACUGCCUUUUUGCAGAAAACCACUGAUGGCAUUCCAAACCAUACUGGGCACGCUCACAGCCAGCCAAUCACCAUCAACAUAAAGCUGUAUGAUUGGAUACUCAACUCUAUGGUACAGAACAUGGGAGAGGGCUCUCUAUCUCUAUGGUACAGAUGGUCAGAUAGAAGACAUAAUGUUUAUUUAGUUGUUUAUUUAAAAGAUUUGUUGGAGUUGUUUAUAUUUGUUUGAGUAUGUGUGUUGUGUGCUGGGGCUGAAGUUUUGCUAUACUUGUCCGAGCUGAUCCUGAGCCUGCGUCCUGUCUGUUUACACGACCAAAACAAGCCCAACGCGUCCACAUCAGAACCACCGCCGAGAACACACUUCUCCACUCAAGCACAACCACACACUGCACACAGACUGGAUUAGUCCUCACAGAGUCCUCACACACACACACACACAACCUCAGAACAACUGGGGUCCAGCAGCAUUAUGACCACUACACAAAUCCAACAUACACAAACUCACACACACACACACACGCACACACACACUCACGCACAACACACACACACACACACACACACACACACACACACACACACACACUCACGCACACACGCACGCUCACGCACACACACACACACACACACACACACACACACACACACUCAGGCACUCACACUCACACACACUCACGCACACACAUGCGCACACACACACACACACACACUGCGAUACACACAUCUGCAGUCAACCAGGCAGAAUCAGGAUCUUGAGGAGAGGCUUAGAGAAGCAACAAGGAGGUUGCCAGCCUGCACACAACAUCAACGCACCGGUGCAUUGGGGCUUGAGAAGCAAUAACUGGAAUUGUGAGGGUUCAGUGUUUGAAUUUAUUUAAGAAUAAGGCUAAAUGCUGUGACUAUUUAACUCGACCUUCGCUUUAAAACGAUUUUACCACUGAGAUGGGUUUCACGAGAGAUUUGGACCAUAAUCUCUGUGUAUACAGCUUCAACUACACUUCAAUCCAAAGAUCCAAUAGAACGCACUCAUGUGCCAAACACAUUAUAUAGAGGUUAGGAUUUGUUUUGGUCUCUGUGUUUGUUUGGACUGUUUAUACGUAACUUAUAAGCCUGUUAUAAAACAAUAUUUAUCACAGAAAAUCUGUCAUUUCAAAAAAGGAGAAAUGGAGUAGCAUCCAGAAAUGCUACUCAGACAGCAUAGCCCAGUAAUUUAAGGAGACAUGUGAUAUCCAUACACUUCAAAAAUAUAAACAAAAAAAAUAAUCUCUACUGGCCUAACAAUACAUUUCAGAAACAAAGUUUUAAUUUAAUAAAUAUUCAACUAUUUGUUGUGUAGGGUUUCUUUGCUAACCUGUAUGUAAAGCAAAAUGUGAUACUGAUA